AUGUCUGGAAGAGAGGCUGACCUGUCCAGGUCCUAGGCAACUUUAGAGGUUAUUUUGCACCUACUGGGGCGGAGAGGUGUUCAGCCCACAUACCACCAUUUGUCUCCUAACUUGGAGGAAAUUCAUAGCCCUUAAGCUGAGGCAUCUGUGGGGGGGUGAGUGGAGGAAGGAGCUUAUAGAGGGAGCUCUCUCCUCUAUAGAAGUUGAGGACAGGGUGCCAGGGCUUGCCAUCCUGGCACCUCCUGGUCUCUUCUGACCCUAAUCCCAUAGGUUGAAGGUUUGCUCCACCUGGAUUACUGGUCCCUGAGUCCAGCUUAGGAAGCUAUUUGUGGCUGAGGGGAAGGGAGCAGUUGUGUUCUGAGCCCUUGGCCACUCUGCCCCUUCUCCAGCCUGACCAGGCAGAAAGGAGGGAGUGGCUGUGGUGUCCUGAGCCAUUGGCAUCCCCGGUCCCUCACUUCAACUAAGGUCCGAGGGGUUGAUAGGUUGAGUUGCAGUAGGAGAGGCUGAGAUCAGACUGCAGGAAGUUCCCAAAUGAGAGGAGAGGCUCCAAAAGUUGGAGACUAGAGGAAGGGGAUGUUUUACAUGGAGCUGGGAUCCUGCUCCCAGUUUUGCCACCUCCUCUCCCUGCGCCCCGCACCUUCUUUCUGGAUCUUUGGACUAGUGCUUACUUUCUGUGAAAAUAAGACUACUUAUGCUCCCCGGAGGAGAAUAUAUAUAAGAUCGACUUCAUCAGGUUCAAGAUUCGGGACAUGGAUUCAGGCACUGUCCUCUUUGAAAUCAAGAAGCCCCCAGCCUCAGAGCGGUUGCCCAUCAACCAGCGGGACCUGGACCCCAAUGCUGGGCGCUUUGUUCGCUACCAGUUCACGCCUGCCUUCCUCCGCCUGAGGCAGGUGGGAGCCACGGUGGAGUUCACGGUGGGAGACAAGCCUGUCAACAACUUCCGCAUGAUUGAGAGGCACUACUUCCGAAACCAGCUGCUCAAAAGCUUUGACUUCCACUUUGGCUUCUGCAUCCCCAGCAGCAAGAACACCUGCGAGCACAUCUACGACUUCCCGCCUCUGUCUGAGGAGCUGAUCAAUGAGAUGAUCCGCCACCCCUAUGAGACGCAGUCUGACAGCUUCUACUUCGUGGACGACCGGCUGGUGAUGCACAACAAAGCAGACUAUUCCUACAGUGGGACGCCCUGACCCCUGCGGCUGCUCCUGCCCCAGGACGGCCCCGGGCCCUCGGCCGCAACUGCCCCACACUCACCUCUCAACCCCAAGUCUUCUGCCUGGGGAGUGUCCCAGGAGCCCUGGACCCUGAGUCUGUGUUGGGAGUGGGGGUGUCUGAUGUCCUCAGCCUAAGCCCAUAAAGCUCAUGGGUUCCGGCACCUGGGGUGGGGUAGGGUGGUAGGGGGGCUCUUUGCCUCCACGUCCAGGAAGGCCUCCUGUGGGAGUAGACAGGACUUCUGGACAGCCUAGCUGGGCCUCUUGGCUGUUGCAGAAUAGUGUGCAUCUAGCCAGGCUGUGACUGGGUCAGGGCAGGGGCCCAUUCCUUGUAGGCCAUUUAGAUUUGUUAAUUCACAGAUGAAGAUCCAUGAUGGGGUCUGGCUGCCAAGCUUCCCAAGGGAGCCUGGGCCCUGGCCCCAGUCCUAGCCUCCACCAUCAGGGGCCAAGACACUGCCUGGGGUGUGGGAGGGAUCGGCUCAGACUGCCACCUGUGGUAGGGGCUGGACUGACUGUAUAUAGUUUUCAAUAAACUCUUCCUCCUUUUCUGUUC